AUGCCCGGACACUGCGUGACGCAGGACCAAAAGUCCUUCCUAGACCGCCUCACUAAGGGAGGCCAUCCAGACGUGGAGCGAUCCCACUUAGUGAAGCCCGACGUCGACAAACUGAAGAAGGGACACGAAUGGGAGGUGACGCUCGAGUUUGUCCGUUUCGCCCACAGCAUCUUGGAGCACACAACUCCUCCAGAUGACCGACCAGAACUCGUCGUCCGCGAUGUCUCAGACCGACAAAUGCCGGCCAAUUCCACUCUGACUGAAUCCGGCCGCUCCAACUCGACCAAAGGCGUUGGGUGCGAUGCCGGCCUGUUCUUCAACGACGAGCGGUAUCGUCAAGUCGUUCACGUUUCAGAGGAGGAAUACCUCGACGUUUCAGAGGAGGAAGACCGCGACGUUUCGGAGGAGGAAGACCUCGACCCCUCAGAGGAGGACGACCUCGACGACUCAGAGGAAGAAUACCUUGACGAUUCAGAGGAGGAAGACCUCGGGAAGCCAGGUGCAACAUCGGAGCUGGAGGACAAGCACGGGAUGCGUGCCCCUUUCGUCGGGCGCUGCUCAUUCGCCGACAUCGUCGUCCCCAUCGAGGUCAAGGCACACCACAGCCAACAGCACCGGAUCCAUGUCUACGCCGUCUACAUCUUCAAGAACCUUGCACGCUUGGUCUACGUCGAUCGCGGCGUCUGUGUCGUGACCGACGCAUUCGACUGGAGUAAACUCGGCUUCGACCCUACCGUCACCACCGCUUCGCGGGAGGACUUCGAGGAGAUGUACGACUUUGCGAGGAAGUCGACUUCCAUCACCCCAUACGUCCGCAAGCAGCUCUACUACGCGCUCUGCCUCACUGAACAACUGGCCGAUGACACCCCUGCGACACUGGCGCUCCGGCGCAUCAAGAGGUCGAACGGCGGAUACAUCUUGUUUGGCCGUCCGACGUUCGUGAACCCGUCUCUUGUCGGUCGCUGCACCAUCGCCGGCGUCGCGUUCGUCCCCGCCCCGUCAGACGCCGUGGACAAGGCGGCCGCCGGGAAGGCGAUCUUCACCAAGUCGCUCUGGCGGAUCGAUCACCCGGCCAUCCGGCCAGAGCACGAAAUCUACGAGAUGCUCAAGGCCAAGCUUGUGGGAGGCAUCCUCACGUGUCUGGGUGGUGAAGACGUCUCUGCCGGCCCAGGACUCCAGCGACUGUGCACGCGUGCAGCUGAAUAUCUCGACGCAAGGAUUCCUUCGGCUGCCGGCGACAAGGAGAGCCAUCAACGGUGCAGCCGGGUGCUCUACCGGAUCAGUUUCGAGGAGAUCGCUCGGCCUCUUACGGACUUCAGGUUCUGGCCCGAGCUGUUUGCGAUCCUCUCCGACGCCCUGACAGGAUGCGUGGAACAAGCGGAGGUCUUGCACCGUGAUGUCAGCGUCAACAACAUUCUGAUCGUCGAGAAGAAUGGCACGCCCUCCGGCGUACUCUGCGACUGGGAGUGUGCAAGCGUAAAGACCAAAUGGGUAAAGCGCAGAGGAUACCCGACCGCACGACUGUCGGACGACAUCGAGUCCUUUGUGCACGUGCUCAACUAUCUCGUCAUGCGCUUUUAUUACACAGGCAUAGGCUCAUCCGAGUUUGUCGCAAGGUACUUGUGUUUCUUCGAGGAAUAUGGUGAGGUGAAAUGCGAGGAGAGAGGCGUCACGGCCUACGUUGGCGGCACACAGAAGCUGUGGGCACUCAGAGCCGCACAGCCGCAUUUCGAACCUGAAGAUAACGACACUCUGGCCACAGCCAUGCAGGACGUCGCCGACAUCUGCGCACGGCACUACGGUGCUAUGGACUUCAAAACGCUCCGGCGGUUGUAUGCCCCCGUCAAAGAAAAGAAAGGCAUCGUCGAAAUGAAUGCCAACGUAGAGGCCAUAUCAGAUGCACUUGUCGACAACUUUCAACGCGACGGGCCCGCGCGUGAGGUAUCUCCCAGCGACGAGGAUUCCCAGUCUGGGGGGUCUUCUCCGCCCCUCGUUCCGUCCACUCCUCUCGCCACCCUGUCAUCUCCCGCCAACCCCGUCCCAUCUUCUCCUACCGACCGCGAGGACGCAGAGACCUUGGUAGGCAGCCAUGGACUCGACGAGUCCGACGGCGCAGACGCCAACGCAACGGCGAAGUCCAACCCCCCGCCAUCCCCGCCGCCGCCGCGUCCCGACCCUCCCGGCCCGCUGUCUACGCACGAAGAUCUUCUUGCUGUGUCCAAGAGAUGGAGCGUGGCCCGGAAGUGGCCGAACAAGAAGGAGCGGUCGCGGUUGACGCAAGACUUGUUCGUCGACGUGCGGCUCGUCAAGCGCAACAACAACGCGUUCUCGCUCGGCUCGACGGACCCGUUCUACUACUCCAAGCCGACCGAGCCGGCGCGGAAGAAGGCCAAGACGAACAGCGGGACACCGCUCGCCAGCGUCGGCGAGGAGCCUGUGCCGCUCGAGCGAGACGAUGAUGCGGACAAUGCCAGCCAGGCGCCGUCCGGUCAUAAACGCAAGCGGAAGGAGUACUCGAGCGUGUUGAAGGUCGAAUAA